UCUUAUAGAACGGAAAAAAAUCAAUAAUGUCACAGCCCAUAACCUAGAAAUCAAUCGGAAAAAUAAAUAAAUAAAAUCUGUGCUGGUUUUAUAAUAUUUUAUUUAACUUUGAAUAGAAGACGUAAAAUAAUGUUACAAUAUGUUUUAAGAUAAGUAAUGAAAAGUAGUGUAUCUGUGGGAAAUAUAUAUUUUUUUAUAUUUCUAUUAGAAAUUUUAUGAAAAUGGAAUCUGAAGCAACACAACCUGUCGCAAAUGGGACAGUUAUAACCGAUGCUCCAAAAUAUAAUAACGAAGAAGAGCAGAAGCCCGUAAAUAUCGAAAGUAACAUACAAACAUCAGGAAAUACAACUACAGUUGUUGCAACUCCUGUUGAAGUUGUAGCUGCACCUAUAACUACUGCUAUAAAAGACCCGCAAAAACCAUCACCGAAGAAGCCUAAAAAGCGCAAACCCAGAGUACCGCGUGAUGUUACUGCACCACGGCAGCCACUCACAGGUUAUGUUAGAUUUUUAAAUGAGCGCCGUGAUCAAUUACGCGCUGAACAACCAGAUCUGGGUUUUGCAGAAUUGACUAGACAGUUAGCAAGUGAAUGGAGCAAACUACCCACUGAGGAGAAACAGCAGUAUUUAGAUGCAGCCGACCAAGAUAAGGAGAGAUAUAUUAAAGAAUGGACCGAAUACAAGAAAACAGAUGCAUACAAAGAGUUCAGAAAGCAUCAAAUGGAACAGAAGGAUUCCAUAUUACCUAAAAAAGCAAAACACGCCUUGGCAACUGAAGCCACACCAGUGGCAGCAUCUAUUCAACCAGCAAUGGAAACAGCAGCUCCACCCAGUAACACCACACCUUCUGUACCUACGAUUGUCACACCGCGACAACCAACGCCUCCAAGACCAAGACCUUGUAUUACACCUGCUUCUGGUGAAGACUUCAGUGGAGAUACAGACAUACCCAUUUUCACUGAACAAUUUCUACAACAUAAUAAAUUACGAGAGUCUGAACUUCGACAGCUCAGAAAAGCCAAUUCUGACUAUGAACAACAGAAUGCUAUUUUGCAACGACAUGCGGAAGAGGUGAGUGGGGCUACUGCUAAACUUCGUGCAGAGACCGCAGCGGCAACAGAACGUACCGCAGCCUUAAAUUCGCAUCGACGAGCACUUGUCGCUGUACUGGUACAUGGCUUGCACUCAUUAGCUUUGCCAGGUGGACCAGCUGGCGCAACAGAAUCUAACAUAGACGAGUACAUGGAAAAAUUACAAAGUUUAGUAACAGAUGGCAAGAAUGCUGCAGUUGCUAAACAAGCUCGAGAGAUACUUAGUCGAAUGGAGCUACCAAUCAAUUAAUAAAAUGUGGUAUGCACUGGAGAAAGUGGUUAAUAUAAUCAUUUUAUAUGAA